AGGUCGAUUUCUUUAAUUAGUUUAUUAAACUAUUCCAUGAUUGAAUGGUCGAUGCGCAUUUAUAUAAUACAUUUUGUAUACAUACGUGUAUAUUCAAUACAAGGUGUUCUUUGAUAACGAUAGAUGCACUAAAUAAAAUUCCUCGCAGCUUUUUAUUUGUUUAAUAGAGAUCGUUUAUCAUCACAUUAUAAAAAACAAGAAGAUAUUUAUUGUCAAAAGCAGUUUCGCUAGCACGCGUACUUCAUGACAUUAAUACAUCUGUUAUAAAUCCCCUCAAUUGUGAUAUAUUUAUGUUUUCGUCUAACAAGGUACAUAUAUAUAUAUAUACAUCUUUGUUAUCAUUUCGACAUAUUCUGUUUCGCUUUAACGUGCAUUAAAUACAGGCUUAAUGUCAGAAAUAUGACCUUUUCAAUCGGUGAUAAAUUUCAAUAAAAAGCAGAAGAAGACCUCAUCAAACAUCUAUUCAUAAACGUCAACACGCCCAGUUAAAGCCUCUUUAAUCGAUUGCAGUAAUUGACACUUCAUAUAGAAAUAUUUCGUUAAUGUCGCACACACCAGGGAACCCCGCCUUCUUCAAUUCGUUACAUUACAGAACAGAUUCUGAUUGGUCUCCAUUUAUUAUAAAAUAGCCAGAGUACUUGCUAUUUGAUUGUCACACUGCAUUGUUAGCCGUUGCUAAUUGUUGUACCUGCCACAAGCUGUCAUGAUGCCCCGUACCUUGUUCGCUUUGUUGGUUGUGAUCGUAGUUGUCAACGGAAAACCUUCGUGUGACUGUGAUGACGAAUACGACCCGUGGUGUGGAGAGGAACGGACAUACGGCAACCUCUGUCAGCUCAAGUGUGCGGGAGACGAAGUAGAGGGUCAUGACACUUGUGAUAACAUUGAGAAAUGCCUAGAAGGGCUGGCGGAUACAAAUGAUGGAACCGAAGUUUGCGCCGAGUAUGGUAUUACAUUCGAUACCAACGAAGAGAUGGAAUGCCACAAUCUUAACUUUGUACAUAACGGCGAGUGUGAGAACUGAGAAGGAGUAGAACAGAUCAAAGAAACAUCAGUAUGGUGCCACAAGUGAACACAGAAAACAGUUGAUUACUAUCCAUAACCAAUCAGAGCGUCUAAAAGUUGAAUGCUUAUUAGAUGUUCAUUAUCUGAUUAAAUUGAUUUUACGUCAUCG